UUGCUCAGUCAGAGCUGAAGCAGUGAGUGCGAGAGGUGGAUCGAAACAAUUGAAUUAAGCAAAAGAAGAUGUCUUUGCAAUCGGUAUUCGUUUCUUUUUCUCGACUUUGGAAGAUUGAGAGUCACUUUUUCGUUUCUUCUCCCAUCGAGCCACCACUUUUCAGCCCUUCUCCGAUCUCUGAAACCCUCAACAAUGGCAAUCAUAAGCGAAGAACCAGACCCACCAACUCCAUCACCGCCUGAAUCCACCACAUCGCCGCCACACAAACACACUUCCCCAAACCCAUUCUCCUUCUGGUUCUACUUCACCCUCUCUGCUUCGCUCGUCGCUCUCCUCUUCCUGUCUCUCUCCAGCCUCUCUCACCAGGACCCAAAAUCCUGGUUCCUCUCCCUCCCCGACGGCCUCCGCCGCCACUACGCAGCCGGCCGAACUAUCAAGGUCCAGACUGCUCCAAACCAACCCCCGAUCGAAGUCUUCACCAUCCAAGAAGGUUCCCCCAAAUCCGAAAACGUACUAGUUGUUCAUGGCUUGGGUUGUAGUUCAUACGCCUUUCGCCACGUGGUCAAGUCUUUGGGCCUCAAAGGCCUACGUGCCGUUGCCAUCGAUCUGCCCGGUUCUGGGUUUUCCGACAAGUCGGUGAUGGUGGUAGAAGAGGGUCCAGUUGGGGUUUUAGGGAGGGUUUGGGAUAUUUAUAGUGAGAUUAAAGAGAAAGGACUGUUUUGGGGGUUCGAUGAGUUGGUUGAGAAGGGGUAUGUGAACUAUGAAGAAAAUGAGAUUAGGGUUCAGAGGAGGGAGGCUGUUAGGGCAAUUGAAGUGGGGCCUGAAGAGAUGGGUAGGGUUUUGGGGCAAGUGGUUGAUGCAAUGGGAUUGGCACCUGUGAAUUUAGUUUUACAUGACUCAGCAUUGGGGUUGGCCGCGAAUUGGGUGUCUGAAAAUCUGGGGUUGGUGAAGAGUGUAGCGGUCCUUGAUGCCAGAUCAAGUGCCUCGGCCUUGCCUUUGUGGGUAUUGCAGAUCCCAGUGGUUAGGGAGCUCGUAGUGGGGUUUAGGUUUGUGUUUGUUAGGGUUCUUGAAUUUUGUUGUUCUAAGUCGAUUGGUGGUUUGGAUGCAGAGGCUCAUAGGAUUCUUCUAAAAGGGAGGGAUGGAAGGAGAGCGGUUUUGGGAAUGGGGAAGAAGAUGAAUUGUAGUUUUGAUUUGGUGGAAUGGGGUAAUUCAGAAGGGGUGAGCGGUUUGCCAAUGCAAGUGAUUUGGUCUAGUGGUUGGUCCAAGGAAUGGACUGAGGAGGGACAGAAGGUUACCAAUGCUCUUCCAAAAGCAUCGUUUGUCAUGCAUUCUGGUGGUCGCUGGCCUCAGGAUAAUGCAGCUGAUGAUCUAGCCAAAAGCAUCUUUCAGUUUCUGUCUACAUUGCCAAAGUCUGUUAGAGAAAGGGACGAAGAGCCAAUACCGGAGCAUAUUCAUGAGCAGUUGAACGAGGCAGAAGGAAACAACCACCACCACCACCACCACCAUGGUCACGGCAGUCACGAACAUGAUCACGCCCAUGCUACUGGUUUUAUGAAUGCAUAUGGACUGGACCAUGGAUGGGCCAGUUGAGUUGUGCUAUUUGUCUUUGCCAGACGGCAGCUGCAGUGCAACCCAAAGCUCCAUGCUGUAUGUUCACUGUUCAUCUGCCCAGGAAGAGUGUUUUUUUUUUCGCUUUCUGUCUGUAAAAUUCUUCAUUCCUGGAAGCCACGCAUCAUACAGGAUGAUCUUUCUUGAUCCAUUCAGCUGUAAUUGUAUUCUCUCCAUCUCCAGUUGGAUUUAUUUUAA